GUGGUCCGGCCGAAUGGGAGGGGCAGGGGCUCUGCUCUCUCAGAAGAGAAGAGGGGGAUGGGUUGGGUUAGGCCGGAGCUUCGGGACGGACGCUCGCGGGGCACGAUGGGAAGAAGGACAAGCACUGACCCCGCGGAGGGGAAGCAAAGCAUUCUGGGAAGACGGGCGGUCCGAGCGCCUUGUUUCGCGGGGCAUUGUGGGAGGGUCCAAGCCGUCAGGAGCCGUUCCUUCAGGCUCUGAGAGGGCAGGGCGGGAGGGGGACCGUAGGAUGGAGGAGGAACUGGAAGCAGAGCCCGAGCCCGGGCGGGAGCUGGAGGCAGAGCCCGAACCAGGGUCGGAGCAGGAGCAGGAGCCGGAGCGGGAGCUGGAGCGCCAGCUGGAGUGGGAGCGGGAGCCGGGACAGGAGCGAGGGCUGGAGUCGGAGCCCGAGCUGGAGCUGGUGAAGGAAUCAGAGCCGGAGCCGGAGCCGGAGCCAAGGCUGGCGUGGGCUGAGGCCGGGGCCCAGCAGGAGCGGGAGCUGCAGGAUCGGGAGUUUUUCUCGUGGGCAGAAUUCAGCCGCUUCUUUGAUGCGUGGUGUCAGCGGCACCGGGCCCUCUUCUUCGUCAAGAGCUCCAUGCACCUGGCCAAAUGCCGCUGGGCCCUCGAUACCCCGCUCCACACCCUCAUCGAUGUCCUCAAAUACAGCUACGUGCGGCUCGUCUGCAAGGAUGUGCGGGCACCCGCCGGCCGGCCUGGCAUUGCGGGGAGCCCCCAGCCAGGCUGUCCGGCCUUCAUCAUCCUGAAGCUCAGCCCGCUGCGGGACCGCCUGGUGGUCACCGAGUGCCACCUGACCCAUUCACAUCCAGCCUGCCCUCUGGAGUUUGCCUACUAUUUCCGCCCAGGCCAUCUUCUUGCCAACGCCUGCCUCCCCGUCCGCACCACCAACAAGAUCUCCAAGCAGUUUGUGGCCCCUGCGGACAUCCACCGCCUCCUCUCCUACUGCAAGAGCCGGGACCACGGUGUCCUCGAUGCCCUCCACGUCCUGGAGGGGCUCUUCCAGGCUGACCCUGAGGCCAAGGUGAAGCUGGUUUUUGUGGAAGAUCAAGCCGUGGUGGAGACCGUCUUCUUCCUCACGUCCAGCAUGAUGGCUCUGCUGCGCCGUUUCCCCCUCAUGCUGUUCUUUGACCGCCUGCCGGGCCUGCAGGGCACCUUCGAUCUGUCCACGGUGCUCUGUGUGGAUGACCGCGGCCGUGGCCGGGAGGUGGCCUGCUGUCUCACACGCCAGACCACCCCCAACCUUCUGCGCUUCACGCUGGCCUCGCUGGUGCAGAGCGUCCCGGAGAUCAAGGGCCGCGUGCGCUGCGUCACCGUGGGGCCCGAGGUGGGCACCCAGCUGGAGGCCGUCCGAGAGCUGCUGCCUGGGGCUCGCGUCCAGAUCUGCCGGGUCCAGGUGCUGGAGACGCUCUUCAGCAAAGCCCAGGAGCUGGGCGGGGCCGGGGAGGACCCCGGGCUGUGGCCGCUGCUCUGCCGCCUGGCCGGGGCGGCUUCCGCUGCAGCCUACAUGGAGGCGCUGGCCGAACUGCGGGCUACGUGCCCGGCUGCCUUCGUGGACUACUUUGAGCGGAGCUGGGCACCCCGCAGGGCCAUGUGGGUGCGCCUGUGGGCCUUUGAGACAGCCCGGAAUGUGGAUGCUUGUGCCCUGGUCCGAGGGCACCGGCAGCGCUUGCUGCGGGGGCUUAGCCCCUCACCCACGGUUGCCCAGUGUAUCCGCGACCUGGUGGCCUUGCAGCGGGGGCACAGUGAGGGGGAGGGGCUGGUGGGGGAAGAGGGCCUAUCCAACGCCUCUCUGACAGGACCUGGGGCGGGGUUAGAGAAUGGAGGCGGAAGGGGGUUGCAGUGGGGGGAUAGAGGGGGCGGGGGGACACAGUUGGGAGAGGGAGGUGUGCAGUUAGGGGACAGAGGGCUGAGAGAGGGAGGCAUACAGUUAGGAGACACAGGGGGCAGGGGAACACAGCGGGGGGACAGAGGUGAGUGGGGGAUGCAUUUUGGGGACAGAGAUGUACAGCUUGUGGACAGAGGAGAUAAGGAGAUACAGUUGGGAGGGAGCGGGAGAGAGCUGAGAGAGAGAGGGAUGUAUUUAUGGGAAAGAAGAGUACGAUUAGGAGAUAGAGAGGGGAGGAGCAGACAGCUGGGGGAGAGAGGUAUACAGUUGGGGGACAGAGGAGAGAGGGGGCUGCCUGUGUGGGAGAGAGGUAUACAGUUAGGGGACAGAGGGGAGAGGAGGAUGCAGCUGGGGGAGAGAGGUAUACAGUUGGGGGACAGAGGGGAGAGAGGAUUCCAUUUGUGGGAGAGAGGUAUACAGUUGGGGGACAGAGAAGAGAGUAGGACACAGUUGGGAGAAAGUGAAGUCCAACUAGUGGACGGAGGGGAAAGGGGAACACAGCCGGGAGAGGACAGAGGGGAGAGGGGGCUGCAUUUGUGGGAUGGAGGGCAAAGAAUGCAGCUGGGCGACAGAGAGGAGGCUGGAGCCACGGCGGGAGAGCUUCAGGGAAGAGGGUGGGCGGCUGGGGUUAGAGAUGAGAGGGCGUCGGCCAGGAAGCGGGCCCGAAGCUCCUCGGAGGAGGAGGACUGGGAGCUGCUGUCUAGGUUUCGGGCUGUGUGUGGGCCGGAGCUGGCUGGUCUGGUGGCUGAGGAGCUCACCUUUGCCCGGCAGCAUGGGCUCAGGGGCUUCCGGUGGACUGGCACAGGCUACACUCUGCAGGACGGCACCUCGGACUUCCUCCUGGAUGCGGCGCUGACCCGCUGCAGCUGCUCUAUCCACGCUGCCCGCCGCCUCCCCUGUCGCCACCUCUUUGCUGCCCGCCUUGUGGUGGGAGCUGCCCUGUUCCACAUGGACCUGCUCAGGGACAGCUGGGGAGGGGCCCCUGAGCCUUGAGCCCCGGAACUCUGUCCCCCUGCCCUGCACCUCCCACCACCAGGAGCGAGGGUGCUCACUGAGGUCCAAAAAUCCGGGGGCUCCCUUUCCCGCCUCCCUUGGGAUUUUUUACGUUGGGGAAGGACAAGUGCUCGGAGAUUCCCCAAGCCCACCCGUACGUGGUGGACAAAGUGAUUCUUCAGCAGCUGUCACAGAAUUCUUUCCCUUUCCGAUCCCCCAAGAGGAAUGGAAAAGGUGACAGCUGAGGGAUGUGGGCAGAGGGGGACUAGGGUGAGAAUGGAAAUAGAGGUUAGGGAAAGGGGAAAGGAAGAGAGAUGGGAGAAGACAGAAGGGAAGAGGAGAGGUGAAGGUAUGUGAUGUAUGUAAGAGAAGGGAUGGAAGGAGCCAGUUCACUUUUAGCUGGAUCCCUCACGUGAAUUGGCCCCCGUUCAGCAAACUGGACGGGCCCAUGGCUGCUGGGCCUGGGAGGGAGGAGAGAGCGGGAAAGAGGAUGACUCACACGGUUUGGCAAGGGGACUGUUCCCGGGCUGUCUGUCCAGAAGUGAAUGUGGGGGGUUGAUUUCUGUUCCCAUAAGAAGGGCUCUUUUUGGAGAGCGAGGCU